UGUAGAAAACAUCAGGCGUUUUGUACGACACAUGUGGGGUGUGGGGAGCGCCCCGCCAUCCCACCUCAUGUUUUUAUCAAAGACGGGGAAGAUCAUGAGGUGGAUAGCGAAGCAGAAAAUUAAGAGGCUGGCUCAAACGAGGGGGUACCUGGUGGACAUCUUGAGAUUCUUGGGUUUCCUGAGGAGGCAGGGCUUCUCACAGGUCCGUCUGUCUGCAGCAAAGAUGGUGACCCUAAACAGGGUGCUGAAACAGGAGCUCUCCACCCUCCCACAGCAGCCCGGGACACACCACUUGGCGGAUGGACCCCCACCCCACACGCAGCCACCCCCCACUACUUCAGAGUCGCCAACAACACCCCUUCCUGCUGGGUCACCUGUGCCACCUCCGCAACCCCAGACACACCCGCCAGUCCUGAAUGAGGUCAGCCAAAUGCAGCAUACACCAGUUCCUGACGACCAGCUCUCCACCAUCCCAAAGCAGCCCGGGACACACCACCUGGCGGAGGUUCAAUCAAAUGAGUUUGCCGGUGGACCCUCCACCACACAGGCCUCGGAGGAUAGCACAGACGACGACUCGGACGACAGCGCGUCGGGAUCGCCGGAGGGUGAUGACCAGUCGGACUACAGCGCGUCUGAGACGUCCGAUACCGAUGAACAGUCCGAGGAAAGCACGUCUGAGGGCCGCAGCAGUUCAGCUGAGGAGGGAACAGAUCAGGACGCCCAACUAGCGGUAAUGAUAGCAUAACUUUGCAUUUCAAAG